GGAAAGCAGAGGAGGUUGGACUUCUUGUAAAUGCUAGAAAGCGAAAGUCAAAUGUACUGAUGUUGACAAACAAGGCCAAGGGACUUUCCAGUGAAAGCAAGCCUGCUUCCCUUAGUCAUAUCUCAUUGUCCGUCCUGUGUGUAUGAGGCAGUAACGGAGAGACCAAAGAGAAAGAGCAACACAAUGGAGGACAAGAAGAAAUAUGACCCCGGUGACAGGACACUCGAGUUUGUCAACAAACAGGACGACAUUACUCUGGAUGAUGACCCUGACAGCUUGAGGGCAGAGAUGUCCUUUGGUUACACGGCCAUCCCACAGUCACUGUCCAAAUUGUUUAAAGGCCUGAAGCAGUUAAAAGGUCCGGGGCCACACUCUGACCAGAGGCUGCAUCUGCUGCAAAACUGUCCAACCGUCACCUUGCCCCAGGUACAUGGGGUCACUGCCUGCCCAUCCAUGCGUGCCUGUCCCACCUGUGGCACACUAUUGGAGCAUGACAAGACCGCUUGUAAGAAUUUAUUCUGCCCGCGUUGCAAGAAAGAGUUCUGUUUUGUGUGCCUUAAGCUCAAAUCUGAGUGCACGAAGACCAGCUCACCAUACAAAGCCUGCUCUGCUGGUGUUGCCCCCAGGCAGACCUCCAUACCCACCUGGAGUGGUAAUUGAAGACUUUAUGCAUAUAUAUUUAUCACUUUCCCUCCUAUGAGCCAUCUGAUCCAAUUCACUUCUCACAAGAUAUGUUAAGAUAGCAAUACAGUAAUCAACAAAAAUUAAUUCAAGAUAUUUCAGAAAUGUAUUGUUGAGAAUGAUGAAUGAGGUAAUUGUAUAAGUGGCAUAAUAUUAUUUGGUACUAUCUUUAUUAUCAAAUUGUUACUUUACUUUUAUCAAUGUUCUAAAGUCCUACAGCUAAUAUCCAUCUAUGUCCAUCUACGUCUGUUGAUGUAAUAACAUUUAUAUCUUAUAUUAAAUAAUUUGUUUGUCUGA